AGGGACCGUGUCAAACUACACAGCGACUGUAUCAGGCGCACGGCUGACAACAUGUGUGACCAGACCUCCGCCGUAGAACGUUUGGAGACAGUUUCUUAGGCGGGUAGUCACGUGUUGUUUCCGGAAGUGGCUGUGCACACGGAAUGGAGGCUGUAUAGUGGCCAGUAAUGACGGCUUCGUAUUGCUGUGCCUGCUUCUACAGGGAUAACAUCUUCGUAGAGGAGUACCAGCUGCACGUCAGCUUCACCGAUGAGCAGCAGUUCUCCAGGGACUAUGAGAGGGCAUUACAAAGCAGAGGAUGCCAUGAUGCUGAGAAGUUUGAACGUAUAUUGGAAAAGGUUAAGAAAGAGGUGCAAAGAAGAAUGACUUUGGCAGAAGAAUCAAUGCACAGAAAGGCAGAAAUUUCACGUUUUUAUAAACCAUUGCAUCCAGAAAUAUAUAAUUUACAGGAGUCCUUUUUAGCUGAAGAAUUUCUGGAAGCUGUUCGUUUUUGUGAGUCUCCUAAUGCAAGUUUGGAAGGUCUCUUAAACCAUCUGUAUUCAAUUCCAGGUAAAAGAAUAUAUUGUUUCCCUGUAUUUGUUACGCAGUUUUGUAAAGACUUUGUGGAAGAACUAGAAAACUUUGAGAAGUCACACUUAAAAAAGGGACGACCAAAUACAAUGAAUAACUAUGGGGUCCUUCUGAACGAGCUUGGAUUAGAUGAGUCCUUUAUUACUCCUCUUCGUGAGAAAUAUCUGCACCCCCUUGCCUCUAUUUUAUUUCCAGAUUGGGGUGGGGGCUGCUUGGAUAGUCACAAAGCCUUUGUCGUACAAUAUUCGGUUGAAAAAGACUUAGAUUUGAGCUGCCAUUAUGACAACUCUGAGGUUACUUUGAAUGUUUCACUAGGAAAAGAGUUUGCUGAUGGAAACCUGUAUUUUUCUGACAUGAAAGAGGUGCCAUCCAAUGAGAGACGGUAUGCAGAGGUGGAACAUACCAUUGGUCAUGGAAUUCUUCACAGAGGUCAGCAAGUUCAUGGAGCGCUUCCUAUUACUUCUGGAGAAAGAUGGAAUCUUAUAAUUUGGAUGAGAGCAUCAUCCAUACGCAAUAAACAGUGUCCCAUGUGUAGCAAGAAACCCCAAUUAGUAGAGACAUUGGGAGAAGGUGAUGGAUUUACAAUGAUAAAACAGGAAGAUGGAGGAGAAACUGUGGAUAUUUGCACUUUAAUCUAAACACUUUUAAAGAGGACCUGUGGCCUCUAUCAACAAAUGCAGCCAUCAUUUAUGUAAAGCGACUGCUUAAUAUAUUUGUAAGCUUUUUUAUCUUUCUCUAGCAUCCUCAAUGUUCACUAGCUAUCAGUGCAGAUAACCUGCUAAUGGACGUUUGCCAAUGCUUAGUUCCCAAUGGGGGGAGCACUCAAGUUUGCAUUACAUUGCAAACUGUGCAGUGGUAACUUGACAAUGUGUAUUAUUGCAGCCUAUGGAUUGUCAAGGGGGUGGUCGCCACUGCUUUAAACAUGGCGUGAACCUGGGCGCUCUCUCUGUUUAGAACUGAACAAUGGUGACCACCCAAUUGACAGUCUGUCAGUGUUUCUCAAGCGGGGUCCUCAAGUACCCCCAACAGGUCAUGUUUUCUGGAUUUCCUUAGUCUUUCACAGGUGAUAUAAUUAUGGUCAGUGAAUCAGGCAUCACCAGUUAUAUCACCUGUGAAAGACUAAAGAAAUCCUGAAAACAUGACCUGUUGGUGGUACUUGAGGACCGCGCUUGAGAUACACCGGUCUAUGUAGUCAUUGCCAUAUUGGGUACUGGACCUAACAGCACCAUUAGCGAAUAAAUAAAGGUUUAUAAAGUGUCCAACUUUAUGGAGUGGUGGCCUCACAUGGAUGGUUAUAGCAGCAAUUUUUAAAGAGGCCACAGGUCCUUUUAAAGCAGUAUAGUAAACUGUCUAUUUAAACCGUAUUGCUUUGAAAAUGUAAAUUUAACAGAAAAAUCUAUUAACAAAGAUAAUUUAUAUGUUAUUUUUUAAAUAAUAAAGGGAAGGUUUCAGUAGCCUUUUUGUCUUUUUUUUUGCAGUGCAUCAAAAAUAAAAGAUGAACAUACUUUGU